AUGGGUAUCAUUGAGAAGAUCAAAGAAAUUGAGUUCGAGAUGGCUCGGACUCAGAAAAACAAAGCCACUGAGUAUCAUCUUGGGCAGCUCAAGGCUAAGAUAGCUAAACUAAGGACACAAUUGUUGGAACCUCCAAAGGGUUCUAGUGGCGGUGGAGACGGAUUUGAAGUUACGAAGUUUGGCCAUGGACGUGUUGCACUGAUUGGGUUUCCAAGUGUGGGUAAGUCAACUCUUUUGACGCUAUUGACGGGUACUCAUUCUGAAGCGGCAUCUUAUGAGUUCACAACUUUGACCUGCAUUCCUGGGAUUAUACACUACAAUGAUACUAAGAUUCAGUUGCUUGAUCUUCCUGGAAUUAUUGAGGGUGCUUCUGAAGGCAAGGGGCGUGGGAGACAGGUUAUUGCUGUUGCUAAAUCCUCAGACAUAGUUUUGAUGGUUCUCGAUGCCUCCAAAAGUGAGGGUCAUAGGCAAAUAUUGACUAAGGAGCUGGAAGCUGUCGGCUUGCGACUAAACAAGAGACCACCUCAGAUAUAUUUUAAGAAGAAAAAGACGGGUGGCAUUUCAUUCAACAGCACUAUGCCCUUAACUCAUGUGGAUGAGAAGCUUUGUUAUCAGAUUCUACACGAGUACAAAAUUCACAAUGCAGAGAUCCUUUUCCGUGAGGAUGCGACAGUGGAUGAUUUCAUAGAUGUCAUUGAAGGAAACCGUAAAUACAUGAAGUGUGUAUAUGUCUACAACAAGAUAGAUGUUGUUGGUAUUGAUGAUGUGGACAGAUUAUCCCGUCAACCUAAUUCUGUUGUCAUUAGCUGUAAUUUAAAGCUGAAUUUAGACAGACUACUUUCAAGGAUGUGGGAUGAAAUGGGUUUGGUCAGAGUUUAUACAAAACCGCAAGGCCAGCAGCCUGAUUUCAGUGAUCCAGUGGUUCUUUCAGCUGAUAGAGGUGGCUGCAGUGUGGAAGAUUUCUGCAACCACAUACAUAGAAGUUUGGUGAAGGAUGUGAAGUAUGUUCUGGUGUGGGGUAUAAGUGCUAGGCACUAUCCACAACAUUGCGGCCUUAGUCACGUUCUUCGUGAUGAAGAUGUUGUUCAGAUUGUUAAGAAAAAGGAAACAGAUGAGGGAGGAAGGGGUCGUUUCAAGUCACAUUCCGACGCACCUGCUCGGAUAUCAGACAGACAAAAGAAGGCUCCACUUAAACAAUAA